AAGAAUCAGCCGGAAGGAAGUCCUUAGAAAGAUGAGAAUGCAACGGUGAUCUUCGUGUUCGUUUCGCCGAUCAGUUCUCUUUUGUUUAAGGGAAUCUGUCGAACAAGAAACUGACUUUGUUUAGGAGUUGAUCAAUACUUCGUUUGGAUUCCGUAACUAGGCAUUUUGCCCGGUUAAUAUACAGGAGUCCUUAAUGUCCUCAUCUUAAAAAUGGAAUCAGUUUAUAAUGUUCAUGCUGCAGUGAUGUUUUAAACUAGUCACAAUCAAGCAAGUCUUCAUUGAAGCUACAAACACUGCUAAUGGAGGGAGAAAAAAACAAGGAGAAAAUAUCCCUUCAGGAUAUCAGAACGUAUGAUGACCAGCUCUUUAGCACUGGUGAAACAGAACAUUUUGAUGAAGAUUCAGGCCGUAGAUGCAACUGCUCACCAUUUUCAAAACGUUACAUAAUAUCCAUUUUAGCCUUACUUGGGUUUUGCAAUGUUUACGCUCUACGAGUCAACCUCAGUGUGGCUUUAGUUGCCAUGGUAGCAAAGAGUUCGACUUUAGAUAAAGAAGGCAAAAUGGUUGAGGAACCAGCAGAAUUUAACUGGAGUUCUCAAACCCAAGGAAUUGUGCUGAGUUCAUUCUUUUAUGGAUAUAUAAUAACACAGCUGCCAGGAGGGUGUUUAGCUCUUAAGUUCGGGGGUAAAAACUUGUUUGGUCUCGGAAUUCUGUCUACUGCUGUCUUGACACUGCUUACACCUGUGGCUGCCAGGACAAGUGUUGCCUUGCUAGUGGCUUUGAGAAUUCUCAUUGGCUUGUGUGAGGGUGUGGUUUUCCCUGCAAAUCAUGCUGUUUGGACAAAAUGGGCACCGCCUCUGGAGAGAAGCAAACUCACUACUAUUGCUGUAUCAGGAGCUCACAUUGGCACAGUGAUUGCUAUGCCGCUGUCAGGUGUUUUAGCAGAACAUCUUGGGUGGCCAUCAGUCUUCUAUGUGUUUGGUUCCAUGGGUGUAGCAUGGGCCAUCGUGUGGUUUCUAGUUGUAAAAAAUUCACCAGCUGAAGACCCAAAUAUUUCUGAAGAAGAACGACUAUUCAUUGAAAAUUCUCUUGCAAAUGAUGUCCAGAAAAAGGAUGUGAAAGUUCCAUGGAAAGCUAUAUUUACCUCCUUGCCUGUAUGGGCGAUAGUCGUGGCUCAUUUCAGUGAGAACUGGGGAUUCUACACUCUGUUGACAGAGUUGCCAAGUUUCCUUAAACAUAGACUUCACUUUGACCUGAGCAAGGCUGGCUUUGUAUCAGCUCUUCCCUAUCUAGUCAUGGCAAUUACAAUACAAGCAGGUGGACAUAUAGCAGAUUGUUUGAGAAGGAAACAAAUCUUGAGCACAACUGUGGUGCGAAAAUUGUUUAACUCGUUUGGUUUUGUUUGUCAAGGUAUUUGUAUAGUCAUAGCUGGCUACACAAAUAACUGGGUAGUAGCUGUUGUGUGUCUGACGCUAGCUGUUGGCGGAGGAGGACUUGCGUUCAGCGGCUUCUUUGUCAAUCAUCUGGACAUUGCUGCGCCUUUCUCUGGUAUUCUUAUGGGCUUCAGUAACAUGGUAGCCACAUUGCCGGGCAUCGCAAGCCCCUUGUUAACUGGAGCUAUCGUACAGCAUCAGUCGAGUGCUUCAGAGUGGAGAGUGGUUUUUUACAUUGGAGGAUUGAUCUACAUCGUUGGAGCCAUAUUCUACUGUGUUUUUGCUUCUGGCAACAAGCAAACCUGGGUGGCUGGCUACUCCGAGCUGACAGAAACUGAUGACGAUGACGACGAAGUAGAUAGUUAGUGACUGGCAAGAGUUCAUCCGCCAGCUAACGCCCCUUCCAAAUUACGCCGGAGAAUUUGAAAACGCAGCUUUAUUUCUACAGUUAGGCGUGGUGUGGACGGAAAACAUUUAAUGCGUUUUCAGAGUGAAACCUCUGUUUUCAAAUUCCUCCGGUGCAGUGUGGACUAUCAAAUAUUUUAAUUUGCGUGCUCUAUUCAUGUCACGUGGCACUGUCAAAAUUAGGGGAUAUCCGCGGAUAUUCCGCAAUCGAUUUGCCCAGAUUUUGAAUUCGUUUGACCAGUUUUCCUCCCAAAUAGAUAAUUAUUUUGAUGAAGGUAUUGAUAUU